GUGACGUCCCCGGUAUUCAGGGGGCCCCCAUAAAUACUUACCGCCAGACUUGUCCUCCAGCGCGAGCUGCGGCGGGAGCGCGGCUCUCCCGGGGCACCGCGGGCACCGCACCGCCGCGACGGGGCGGCCGCCCGCCCGCCCGCACAUGCCGCGCCGGCUCCCCGCGGUCCCCCCGCGCCGGUAGUGGGAGGCAGGGGGAAGCGCCCCCUCCUCUCUCGCCUCUCUUCUCCUCUCCUCUCCCCUCCCCGCCCCGAGCGCACACCACCGGCCGGGAGCGCCGCUCCCCCGGCCGCCCCGCCGCCCCCAUGAUGACCGCCAAGGCGGUGGACAAGAUCCCGGUGACCCUCGGCGGGUUUGUGCACCAGCUCCCCGAGGGCAUUUACCCCGCGGAUGACAUCUCCGCCGCGCUGCCAACUUCGGUCGCGAUCUUCCCCAAUGCCGACCUGGCAGGGCCGUUUGACCAGAUGAGCGGUGUGGCAGGAGACGGCAUGAUCAACGUGGACAUGGGCGACAAGCGGGCCCUGGACCUGCCCUACGGCGGCGGCUUCGCGCCCAACGCCCCGGCCUCCCGCAACCAGACCUUCACCUACAUGGGCAAAUUCUCCAUCGACCCGCAGUACCCCGGCGCCGGCUGCUACCCCGAGGGCAUCAUCAACAUCGUGAGCGCGGGAAUCCUGCAGGGGGUCAGCACGCCCUCCUCCGCCGCCUCCUCCGCCUCCUCCGCCGCCUCCUCCGCCUCCUCCUCGGCCACCGCCGCCUCCGCCGCCUCCCCCAACCCGCUGGCCGGGGCCCUCGGCUGCACCAUGGCGCAGGGCCAGCCGGCCGACCUGGAGCACCUCUACUCGCCGCCGCCGCCGCCCUACUCGGGCUGCGGCGACCUGUACCCGCAGGACCCCUCCUCGGCCUUCCUGCCCGCCGCAGGCGGCGGGGCGCUGCCUUUCCCCCCGCCGCCCUCCUACCCCUCCCCGAAGGCGGCGGCGGCCGACGGCGGGCUCUUCACCAUGAUUCCCGAGUACGGCGGCUUCUUCCCGCCGCCCCAGUGCCAGCGGGAGCUGCACGCCGGCCCCGACCGCAAACCCUUCCCUUGCCCCCUCGACUCGCUCCGCGUCCCGCCGCCCCUCACGCCGCUCUCCACCAUCCGCAACUUCACUAUGGGGGCGCCCCCGGCGGGCGCCGCCUCCGGCAGCGCUCCCGGCGGCGGCGGCGGGGGCGAGGGCGCGGGCGCCCGGCUGCCCGCCGGCGCCUACAGCCCGCACCACCUGCCGCUGCGGCCCAUCCUGCGGCCCCGCAAGUACCCCAACCGGCCCAGCAAGACGCCGGUCCACGAGCGGCCCUACCCCUGCCCCGCCGAGGGCUGCGACCGCCGCUUCUCCCGCUCCGACGAGCUCACCCGGCACAUCCGCAUCCACACGGGCCACAAGCCCUUCCAGUGCCGCAUCUGCAUGCGGAACUUCAGCCGCAGCGACCACCUCACCACCCACAUCCGCACGCACACCGGCGAGAAGCCCUUCGCCUGCGAUUUCUGCGGCAGGAAGUUCGCCCGCUCCGACGAGAGGAAGCGGCACACCAAGAUCCACCUGCGCCAGAAGGAGAGGAAAGGAGCCGCCGCCGCCGCCGGCGGAUGCCCGCAGCCCGGCGGCGGGACCGGCGCGGCCGCCCUGGCCCCCUGCGCGGCGCGGACGCGGACGCCCUGACGGCGCGGGGCGCGUAGGACCCAGCGCUGAGCCGCUGAGCCGCCGCCGAGCGCGGCGGGGCGCGGAGCCCGGCGGGGCGCGAUGAGCACCUGGCGGCGCCGCGGGGCUCCCCCGGGCCGGAGCGGGCCGGGCCGGGCCGGCGGGUGUACAUAGGGGCUGCGGCGGGAGGAUGGAUGCAUGCAGAGCCGUCGUGGUGAGGUGUUCUUGGUGCCUUGUGUGGUGUAGAGCCCGGUCCCCUGUCUGCAUGUGGGGGGUGCCUUACCGAUCCGCUCCGACGACAGCGGCGACACCGAGACCGGAAAGUUUUCCCUCCCUGGUUUUAGUACGGCUGUACAUUUCUGCCUAUUAAUAUUGGGAUUUUUUUUUUUUUUAGAGACUAUAUUUUUGUACGCACUGGUUUGGGGUUUUGGUUUUGUUUUUCUUUUUGGUGACUUACAAGUGUUACGUUUGUAGUAGGACUGGGGCCGGGAUGUAAAUACUCUGGCUGGAGCCGACGUUCGUUGUCCACCGGGACCCGGUGCGCAGCAGAUAACACGAAUAAUGCACAACCACUAACGGGAGCUGGAAGGAGAGAGGGUUUCUUUCUGGCCGCUCUGUAAAUAAACUUUUCGACGAUAGGGUCGGUGCUUACAACGUUUAUAAAAGACGACAAAUAAAUCUCUUAAUUAUGCUAAAUUGACACCUUUAUUUCCGUAGGUUCCCCGGCCCGGCCCGGGACAGGGAGUGCCUCCCGCCCGUCCCCGGGCAGCCGCCGGGCGCACCGCACCGCCUCGGCGCGGAAAACCAGCGUCCCCGGCCCCGGUGUACAAACACUCGCUCUGGGGCGCGGGGAUUUCCCUCGGAGACGAGAGACGGGCUAAUAUUAACCGGGGAGCGGGGUGGGUUUUUUUGACUCACUUUCUGUUUUGUUCCGCGGUUACGAUCCGCCCCAGGCAACCUCCCCGAGUGGGCUCCGGAAAAGUGAGCGCCGCCGCCCCGACGGACGCUGCUCGGGGAAAGCGGCUCCCGGCGGCGCGGGGCUGCGCGGGCGGCGGCGCCGCGCCCGCUCUCGGGGGGCUCCGCGGGGGCCCGGGGGCGGCGGCGCUCACCCCCGCGGCACAGCCGGGCUUUUUCUGCUGAACCCAUCUGGCCGCAACAUCGUGGGUUUGUUUGUUUGGUUUUUUUUAACCUAUUUUGAUUAUUGUUUUUAAGAUGUUAUCCCGGCCUGGCCCCGCCAGGGCCCACCUUCGGGUGCUGCCGUCGGUGCAGGGCAGUACCGCCCCCGCGGGUUCACCCCGCUGCUGCAGAGAUCCCCGGUACGCCCCGCACGGCACCGGUGAGCCGUGCAGGAUGGGCCUCACCGCUAACGCCGCAACCCAGCACCGCAGGGAGCAGGGCAAAGCCCUUGCCCAGCCGCUCCCAGCCUCUGCUUGCCCCAGUCCCGCUGCGCAAAGCCCAGGUGGCACCUGCCUUUUCUGUCUGAAAGGCCCUACUCCCUGUCUCCCGGCAUUGGCUUUUGGGGCAGCUGCUCUUUGCUUGGGAAAGGCGGUCAGUGGUAGCUGAAGCGACGUGCCUGGUUUUGAAUCGGACGUGAAGCAGGCUUCCAAACCAGGCACGUACCAGUCUGUGCAGGAUGGAGAAACCAGAGAACGCCGCCAGCUCGAGAGCCACUAUGCUCACCACCCCGCCGUCCACUUUAGCAGCGCAAGUAAGCCUUCGCCUUCCCUGCUGCAUGUCCCUGUCAGUUGCAGCUUUGCCACCUGAUCCCGUGUGCUGCUGGCCCCCACAAGAGACCGUGGCCUGCUGCAGGAGGGAUGUCAUGCAGGAGCGCAACCCCACGGGAGCCAUGGCCUCCUCAGUCAGCAUCAGUGGGCUGCGCUGCAGGGAGGUGUACAGGGAUCCAGUGCUCUCAGCCUGUUGGGCUUCUGGACGUACUGCCACGGCCUCGGAUAACCACGGCUCGGUCGCAGCCAGAGCGUCAUGAGCAAAACUGGGAUUGCGGAUACCCAGGUGCACAAUCUGAGGCCCCGCUUGCGCUCUCCAAGCUACUGUCUGCAGCCACGCUACAAGAUUCAAACCCCAGUCAGAAGCAAAAUGAGAUAACCACCACAGAAAUUGUCAAUGAGCUGAACUAAGGAAACUGCUGAUGACUAGCGCACAGCUACAAGACAGCCUUACAUUGUAUAAAAGUAUCAGCGAUCUUAAACCUGUGCCUUUGCCUGACAGUAACAGCCAGCUUCAAAAGUGGUAAAGUUGCACGUGUCUGGAUUUGUCUGCGGGAUGCCAGUGGAAGAUUUGGGCUGAGAACCCAGUGCUAAGCGUCGCUUUUCAAAGAAAGGCCAGUUGCACCAUUUGGACUGUUAGGCAAGAGAAAGCGCACUCUGUACCAUAGUUGGUUCAAGACUGUCAUACUUGUGAAGGAAAGUAAUGACUGGCCAGUGGUGAGAUA